AUGGACGAGUCUUGGAGAAUGAGAAUGGGGAUGCCUCCAAGAACAACGGUCAAACCAAACCUCCAUCUCAGGAAAUCUACAGAGGACACGUCCCACCGGAGAAGACAAAUCUCCGGUGAAUCAUCCGAACCCCCUUUAGAACCUGAAGACUUCUCCGAUGUUUUUGGUGGGCCCCCUCGCACAAUUCUCUCCCGCCAAUUCUCCGACAGCGCCGGGUUUUUAAGUUCAUCAUCCACGAGUUCCUCCUACGGGGAGAUUCUACGGCAGAACGUGGAGCACGUGUUAGGAAUGAGUGGCCGGGGCUUGCCGGAGUUCAGGAUUCCCGUGAGGCAGCAGAGGAGUGAUCAUAAUCAAAAUCAUCAUAAUGCUUUCUAUAGUGAUAUUUUCUGUUGGGAAGAUGUAAGUGUGGUAAAGUCAAGUUCAAAGUCAAAAACAAGGUCUUCGUCUGCAUUGAGCUCCGAGGAACUCAGCCCUUUCCGGCCAGAGAUCACCAGCGACGGCAUGGACGAUGAUUCCUUUUUUUGUUCCAAACUCAGGCCGAUAAAUGUUGGAUCAAGAUGGACAUCGACGACGGGAAUGGAGCAUGAAGAUUACCGACAACAACAGAUUACGCCACUAUUUUCAGACUAUCAGCCCGUGUUCGAUACUGAUAACAACUAUGUCGACAACAUCAGAAACAACCCUUUUGAAUUUAGUCGAAGAAAUUCAUCUCCUGAGACUAUUAGUCUUGAACCAGCAUGGGAUGGCAGCAUGAGAUUUUCUUUAGAUGAUUUAGAACUUAAGUCACCAUCAUCUGUAGUCUCUUCAAUUUGUCAAUUAGAUCAACAGAAUAUUGCCUGUGAAAUUGAGGAUGAAAAAUUGCAACUGAAUGACAUAGAACUAGAAGAAGAUGAAAUUAUGAGUUCUUAUGUUAUAGAAAUCAAUACUGAUAAUAGUGAAGGAAAAUUUGAAGCCAUUGGUGUGGAUGAUGCAAUUGCAUGGGCAAAAGAGAAGAUUCAAACACAUCGUACAGAGAAUGAAUGGAGCACCAAAGAACACAAGAAAGAGAAGUCAAAAUGGGUAGAGGACGACCUCCACGGGCAAGAAUUCACUGAACGAAAGGAUAAAUGGCCUGCAGUAGAAACAGAGCAACUAGCAAGCAAGUUGGAAUUGCAAAUGCUGGACGAAAAAAUAAGGCUGUGGGCAACUGGAAAGGAAACUGACAUUCGGUUGCUGCUUUCUACACUGCAUCAUAUUCUAUGGCCUAAUAGUGGCUGGUUAGCAAUCCCUCUGAUGAAUCUAGUCGAAGGCUUACAAGUGAAGAAGGCUUAUCAGAAAGCGCAGUUGUGCUUGCACGCAGACAAGCUGCAACAAAGGGGCACCUCGUUCCCCCGGAAAUAUAUAGCAGAAAAGGCAUUUUCAGUACUUCAGGAUGCUUGGGUUGCAUUCAUGUCUCAGUGUCUAUCGUCGUCGAAGAAUUACUGA